ACAACACACCCAAAGGGCACUAGGGCGUGGCGCUGAGUUCCCUUUGCAUAGCCUGCCUCACCAUAGCGAUCUUCUUGUGCAAAGCCGCAGAGUCGCAAACCUUUUUGAGCUCGCUUCUUUUGCGUUAAUAAUAUUGGAAUAGUGCUUUUCGAAUCAUUAUGAACGGUUGCUGUUGAUAGGCUGUCCCGGCCCAUCAUAUCAUGUUCGGUGGGGCCGGCAGGCCUGGCGGCCCUCUUGAUGGCUGGGGAGACUACGCGGCUGAUAAGGAGUUAAGCCGGCUUUUGGAGGAGAUUCCACGGGCUACCUCAGCUCCCCCACACCUUCAGGACCGCUGGGCCGUGAACUCUGCGGAUUCGGCUGUGGACCCGAACGCGCGAGCGACGCCAAUUGGGCAGCACCUUGGUGACAUUCGCUUCGAUGAGGACUAUGCUCGCUUUUAUGAGAUGUACUCGGGGCAGCGCAAGCUGCCGCCUCCUGUGGAAGGGCGAACUCUUUACCAGGAGGUCCCGGGUCUCUUCCCUAGCCGUCUUCAGCAGCAGCUUGGAGCUGGGGGCCAGGUGCAGGUGCCGUCUCAGAUCCUGUCCCGCGGUGUGACACCCGGCCUAGACGUCAUUGAUGAGCAGGGCCCUGCACAGGACAUUGCGGCGUUGCAUGAGGGAAUGAUCCAGGCGUUCCAGCAGCUGGGUGUGCGGGGACCAUCGCCAAUGCCUGGGCACCUGAACGGUGUGUCUCCUGGAGGCUCGAAGCCAGGGACUCCGUCGCCACUGGAUGUGGCCGCGGCGGCGGCGGCAGCGGCAGCAGCAGCAGCUCCUAACCCCUUGCUCCUGAACCACCCAUUGGCUGCUCCUGGGCUUCCGCCGGGCCUUGAAGCCAUGCUGCCUGGGGGGCAUCCGGGCGUCAAUGGACUGCAUCUUCCAGGCGGGCCAGGGCCUGGCUUGCCGGGGCCGAACUUGGCCGCCGUUGCGGCAGCGGGGCCCCUCAACCUGACGAACUCGCUGGAGUAUCAGGCGGCGUACCAGGCAGCAUAUCAGGCAGCGUUGGUGCAGACGCAGCAGCAGCUUCUGCUAGGACAGCAGCAGGGAGUGAGCCAGCUUGCGGCUGCCACGGCGGCGCAGUUCAUGCCCGGCGGCGGUUUCUACCCGGGCGGUGCUUCGGCGGCGGCUGCUGCGGCAGCGGCGGCAGCAGCAGCGGCGGCGGCGGCGGCAGCAGCGGGAACCGGGGCUGGUCUUCCGGGAACUGGGCUUCAGGGCCUGCGGCUCGGCCACGACGCGGAUGGCCUGAAGGCCCUGCGGGGCCGAGAUGCGCCGAGCGGCCGUGAGCGCGAUGGUCACCGCACCAGCCAGGGCGGGCGCGAGGGGCGCCAGAGCAGCUUCGACGGCCGGGCGGGCCCGCGCGACCGCCGCGAACAUCGGGAUCACCGGGAUCACCAUCACCGGGACCACCAUAGGUCUGGAGAUCGCCACGGUCACCAUGGCAACCACUCGUCUGGCGGCCACGGUGGACCCCACGGGUCCGAUCACGAGCACGAGGGCAUGGCUGCCAUUGCGCAAAAGUACGCCAGCCUGGACGACGUAGUAGGGCAGCUCAUGUCGGUGGCGCAGGACCAGAACGGCUGCAGGUACCUCCAGCGGAAAUUCGACGAGGGCGGCGCUGCCGCUGUGGAGAAGGUGUUUCCGGAGGUGCUUGGCAACAUCGUGGAGCUCAUGGUGGACCCCUUUGGCAACUACCUCGUCCAGAAGCUGCUGGACCGCUGCUCCGAGCAGCAGCGCUUGGAGGUCCUCAAGAAGAUAGCCGAGCGGGGAGAGCUGGUGGGUGUGGCGCUCAAUACACACGGCACACGGGCCGUACAGAAGCUCAUCGAGACGCUGUCCUCCCGCGAGCAGCGCGCCAUCGCCAUCGAGGCCCUGCGUCCCGGUGUGGUCUCGCUGAUAAAGGACCUCAACGGCAAUCACGUGGUGCAGCGCUGCUUGCAGCGGUUGGGGCCCGAAGACAGCCAGUUCAUCUACGACGCAGCCAUUGCGCACUGCGUGGAGGUGGCCACGCACCGACACGGCUGCUGCGUGCUGCAGCGCUGCAUUGAUUUCGCCACGCCAGCGCAGAAGCAGGCGCUUGUCUCCGAGGUUGCCAAGAAUGCGCUGGUGCUUAGCCAGGACGCCUUUGGCAACUAUGUGGUGCAGUACGUGUUGGAGCUGGGUCAGCUGGAAACGGGCGCCCAGAUCGUUGAGGCGCUGCGCGGCUCCUUCUGCGUGCUGUCGCUUCAGAAGUUCUCAUCCAAUGUGGUGGAGCGCUGCCUCAAGCUGGGUGGCAUGGACCCGGAGCGGGAGGCCAUUGUGCGGGAGUUGAUAGCGCCGACGAGCCUCGCGCGCUUGCUGCAGGACGGCUACGGCAACUACGUCAUACAGAGCGCGCUCAGCGUCACCAGCGGCUCAACACACUCCUUGCUUGUGGAGGCCAUUCGGCCGUACCUGCCCACAUUGCGUGGGACGCCCCACGGGAAGAGGAUCGUGCAGCGCAUCAAUGGCAAGGUGUGAGCCGUCAAGCUGUGGAAUAGGACACGGUGUGACCUGACCGUGCUAGGGCUCGGAAAGGACGUGGAAGAAGAGUUUGAAAGGAUGGCAAGCGCAGGAGAGCGCAUGGGAGGCGCGGAUACUGGUGGUGCUGAUCGCCGUGGUCAUAACACUUAUAUGCUUGCGACUUGCUGUAGUGUGCCAUGGGAAGAGUCGCUGGUAAGCACGGUGAUAGCGGUGUUUGUAGUGCCAAUGCUUCGGGCUUAGGCGAGCCCAUCUCCUUUGAUAGCAUUUCGUGACUGACUGGUAAGAUGGCGCUGCCGUUGCAUGGUGCGAAGUUUUGGUGUGCAGUUGCGGCAAGCUGGCUGACGGCAGUCACGGUGCUGCAGCUGGGAUAUUCGGGUAGAGAGCAGGGGUAUCCGGGAUGCCUACUUAUGCGAGACAAGGCCCGGUUGUGGCGGCUAUGCAAGGCAGCAGCAGCAAUCGUAGCAAAAGGCACGCACGUGUCGUGCAAAUCGCGCGGUGAUGAGAAACAAAAAGCCAUAUACGGCCCAGUGCGAUACCGUCCUGUGGGCCCCCGUGCGCUUCCUGGAGCGCGUGGGCGCCUCGGAUCCAUCAUGAUAUCGUACUGGCUGUUUUGAGGUAUUGGGCACGGAUGUUGUUGGUGUUUGUGGGUCACGGCAAUGCGUGCAUGCAUGGCUGGUCCCGCGAGUGAGCGCAGCAUUGGAUGCUCCUCGCGUGUACGUUUUGUAUUAUCUGUUCUUAUGGUGUAGAGUAAGAUCUCUGGCCUGGACGCUGAGUGUUGGAGCCGUCGUCGCUUGCUGCAAAACCCGUGGCGGGUCCUGUCGGCGCGGCUCGCAAUUUGUCAAGCUGGUGGGCUGCGGCAGCGGUGUCAGCCGCAGCCCAGGAAAGCAUGUCAGCUGUGGUCACGUAUGCCGCGCAUGCCCUGUACAUUGGUGGCACAGUUUUUUGUACCAACAGUGAGGUUCCUGCCUAAUAGGUGGCGCCAUCUCUGCGCCGCCUGGAGGGGCCUCCCCUGUUCUUUAUGAGGUUUGGUCUUGCCGGGCCUGUUGAGCCGUUGGCUGUCCGCCGAGUAGGCAGGAUGGGGGAGGGGUGUGGGCCCGCCUAAGUGCGUGCGUGGUUGCCAAUGCAUGCAGCACGUGUGUGUUGGAUGGAGUUGUGUGGUAUCGUGUCGGAGCAGCAGGCCAAGGGUGCGCACUCGUCAGGGGCCCCGGCUGACCGCCGGUUGGUCGGUCCACGGCAGGCACGUUGGGUAGAUGAUGUCUAGCGUUUGUGCGCUGGUAUGGAUCCGACGCGGUAUCACCACUUUUACAGCCAGCACUGCGGGCUUUGGCGCCAUGACGUGUUACUGUUGGGCGGCACAGCCUUUAUGCCAACGCUGUGGCGUCUGCCGACCCAGCUUGUUCCUUCCAGGACACGGCUGUGGUUUAUAGCCAGGGUUACGGUCCUGGCUAUGAACACAAGCUCUGUGGCCAGGCCCGAUAAGGCGCUCUACUAUGGAAGCGGACAUGCUGCGACCGUUGUAAACGCGGCAUAUG